AUGGCCUACGGCGAAGCAGGUGCGCCGCCGAGCGAUCGCCUCACCAUCGUGGUGACGACCUCUCCGAUUCCGUCUCACCCCUCACCGGUGCUGUUGAGGACUCUCUUCUCUUCCUUCCAGAAGCAUCUGCUUCAGUUGGAGCGAUGCCAGAGACUGUUGGUCUGCGAUGGGUUCACACACCCGGAGGGAAGGAAGCAGCUGUGCUCGGAAGAGGCCUACGAGGGCUUUCUCGCUGCUGCCGAGGAGCUGUGCCUUCAGGGGGAGCUGGGGCCGUGCAGGAUACUGAGGCUUGGGAGCUGCCAUGGGUACGGCCUGGCACUGACCGCUGCUCUGAAGGAAGUAUCGACUGAGUACGUGCUCGUGGUACAACAUGACUGGAUCUUUGUCCGGGAGGUCGAGAUUGCCCGAGCCGUCGCAGCGAUGGACGCAGACUCAGACAUCAAAUACAUUGGCAUGCAGUCCUUGACGACUCUGGGGUACGCCCGGCGCAUGCGGCUGAGGUACGGCUUAGAGCUGCCACCGGCGCGACAUGUUGCCGGUGUCUGCUUGGUGCCGCAGCUGCUCUGGUACGACAAGCCCCACAUCUGCCGGACGGAGCACUACCGGCAGGUCGUCCUCCCGGCAGCCCGGAUGGAUGUUUGCCAAAACCCCGAGCGGCGGCCCGGCUCUCGGGGCAUCCUCUUCCGGUUUAAUAAUAAUAAUAACAAUAUUAAUAAUAGUAGUAAUAAUAAUAUAAGAGUAAUUUUAACGCUACGCCGCCGCCUCGGCUGCUGA